UUUUUAACUGAUCUAUAAAGUUGUGUGUAUAAAUUUUGUGUGACGGAACCGACACAACUCGAGCAAAUCGAGGUCAAAUUAUGUUCGCUGUGAAAUGUGCAGAACUACUUACUUUAUAGGAAUUUGUUCAAGUUGAAGUAUCAACACAUGACGUGAAACCAAAGCUUCUCAGACUUGUCUUGUAUUUUUGCAAAUGGUACGAUAGCCAAAACAUCAGAGCCUUGAAUGAUAGGUGGGAGCUCAGGUGUGCUCUGGACACACUCAAUAAUAUGUCUGCUGUUUGUGUGAUAAGGCACUAAUUUCAGUAUGUUAUUGUUGAAGAGCCCAAGGAUGUCUGGUGCUGAGUACACAGAGUCCCUGAGGCACCCAAUAAUAGGAAGACAGGGGAGCACCCAAACUAAAUGAGUGAAAAGGAAGACCAGACGAGCAAGUUUUCAUUCUUCUGUUCCAGACCAUCCAAACCUAAGACCAUGUUCAGACUAUUCAACUGUGGAGUCUGUCUCUGCUUGAUUUAUGUGUCUGUCCUCCUACAUGGACCUGCAGCCUUAACGUCAAAGGCUUCAACCCAGGAUCAGCUUCCAAAUGUGACAGAGGAGGACACAGGCUGGGAUUCACCGUUUCUUCAGCUGAGAGCCAGUCUGCCAUCUUACUCGCAGCCGAUUCGCCCAUACACCCUGCUGACAAACUCAGAAGACUACCACUACAUGCCCAAAUCUAGACAUCGCCGUCCCUCUCGCCUCCUGCGUAUUCUGGGAUCCUCUUUUGACCCGUUCUGGAUGUCCCUAGAUCAACCAUCUGAGGCCUCCGGGAUCUGGACUUUAGAGGGAGAUGAUGGUCCACCUCACUCACUACCUGCCAAAUUAUCCAACUACACCGCUUUCAGAGACAAGUUCAACUUGAGUGCCUCUCCAGAGCUGAGAGAGGCUGCAACAAACCAUCGCCAGAAGCUAGAAGAGGAAGCUGCAGGUCUGGACUUCGGGUUUCUGCCUUCAGAUGUUGUCAGCUCAGUCCGAGCCUGGCUGGUGCGCUCAGCCACAUGUGGAUUACGUUACCAGUGGGUGGAUCUGGGCGCUGCUUUCUGGCCACGUUGGCUGCGGCAGACUGAUUGUGAAAGAUCAGACGGAGUGCGAAGCUGCUCCUUUCCCAGUGGGAUGGAGUGCAUUCGAGCUCAAACAGCGUACAUAAAGAUUCUGGCUUGGCACUGCUUGGAGAUCAGAGAGGAAGAGGAAGGUGAUGGGUCCAGAAGGAUUAAGGCUAACAGGUCUGAUGGCAGCACUGAGAUGGGGACAAGUGAAGCAAUGAGAAGGUGUUCAUGGAAGCAGGUGCCGUAUCCUGUGGUCACAGCUUGUACAUGCUCAUGUAAAUGAAUAUUUUUCUCACCAGUGCUUCAAAUUUUCAGCUCACCUGCAACCGGGGCUCCAUAUGCUUAUGUAUUUUUUUUUUUUUUUUUUUUUUUACUGUGAUUGAAUUGAUUUUACUCAUGUAAGAAAAAAAAAGUCAAAUUUCUUGUGCAUCACUGGUAUUUGUUUUAGGUAGAGUAUAAUAAACAUAUUUGCUCUUGAUGGUUAAAUACUUUCUCAAGAAAAGUUGUUACCUUUUGCACAAACUGCCUUUGUGUUUAAGUAGAGAUUACUUAUUCACUUUCCUUAUUUUGAGAUAGCCUGGGGAUUUGAACUUACAACAUUUUGGUCACAUGCCUGCCUCUUUAAACUUCAAGUAAAUGUCUUCUAUUGCUAAUAAUAUGGGUCCCAUACUGCUAUGUGGGUCAUGCAACAUUAACAUUCAUGUGGGAAAAUAUUGUAUCAUUGUGUUUCAAGCAGUGGUUGCAAUACUCUGUGAUCAAGACUUGUUACUUCCUCUUUUUCACCUUUUCUCAAUUACUGUCUCAUGGGUGAAUCUGAGUUUCAGAUUUUGUCCUUUUGUGCCAUUUUAAGGUGUUAGCAUAUAAUUGCAGAAGCUGAAGCAGUUUUCAAAAGCCAACAGUGAAUGUGUAUGGUUUUCAGUCUGCUUUCUUUCUCAUAUGACAUAUGCAAAGCCAUCGCUUGAAGUUGAAACUAUAUUUUUUAUUGAUGAUUUAUAAUGCUAUUUAAUCAUUAUUCAUCUGUAUGAUAAUCACAUGUUACUAUUAAAAAAGGUUUGAAAAAAGU